AUGAUAAACUCCCCAAAAUGUUAUAUUAGCCAAUGCACAAGCAAGCCAUAUGGGAAAUGUGACUGCUCUGCACAGCCUGUGAUAUUUUGCAAAUCCCAUGCACUCCAGCAUAUCGAAGACAUAGAAAACGAAAAGCGGCACAGAUGCUUAAAGGUCUACUUUAAGCCAGACUCAGAUACCAAAAAUUUAAUUAACCAAAAAUUAAUUGAGAUGAAAGAAUCACUACAAAAUUUCAGAACCAAGCUUAUUAGAGAAUCUAAAGAAAUUGUAGAGGUUGUAAAUUAAGUUAAAAUUAUAAGGUCAUAGGUGGAUAGAACACUAGCCUACUUAUCUGGCGUAAAUCCAUGUAACCAAAGGAUUACCUCUCUAUGCUAGAGCCACUCUUGCGGAUACUCCAUUAGUCCUGAUAAGCAAAUAUUAAGUGGGAGGCAAGCCAAUCUAGCCCAUUGGCAGGGACAGGGAAAAUUUGGGGAGAAGAAAACUUCCCUCUUCGGCAGCAUCCCCAAACCUGAAGGUCUAUUUCAAAAAGUGGGAGAGGCUAUUUUCAGUUUCAUCAGGGUAGUCCUACUCCUCCAUAGGGAGUGUGUCUCGAAGUCCAUCUUCUGUUGACUUCACCACUUUAUUUCUAUACUAAUUGCCCGAGGAUGGAGCUAUCUUGCGCCAUCCUCGGGCAAUUCCUAUAGAGGCUGUAAGGCAUUCCUUAGACAAGGCACUUAGCUAUGUAAACGAUCUCGAAGAAAAAUUCAACAAGCUAAUUGAUGAAACGCGCUCAGAAGAAGUAUACGAAUCGCCUUCAGAAAACGAUUUCGAGAGCAUUUUUAAACUGAGCCCUUCAAAAGCAGAAUUAAAACUCAAAGAUUGGCAACUUUUAAUAACAAAUAUUGAUUCAAAUUCUAUAAAAGAAAAUGUGAAAGAUGUAAUGAAUUUGUCAGCCCCUGUGUUUUUUAAGAUGUUUUAUGAUAAUAGGAAAUCUAGCCGUAAGAGUUCAAUAACAGCUGAAAUAUUUUGGUUCAUCCAUUGAUCGGAACUUUUCAUAGUGUGGCACUUACUUGGGAAAUUGAUAACAUGCUAUUUUCUUAGGGGAACGUUAGUACGCUAG